CGGGACGCUCAGCUGCCUGCCGUACCCUGCGGAGGACAGACGUCCCGAAAAGCUGAGUGGCCGCGUGGUCAAGGAGGCCUCCACCACCAACGGCUGUGUGAAAGGGAAGGAGAGGCCAGACCAUGCUCGCCGCAGGUCACGCAGCCCCUCGUGUGAUGGGGACCGUGCGCCGCCGCCGGCCCGGGGGAAGAAGAAGAAGAAGAAGUCCGGCCGCAAGAAGCGAAGGAGGUCUCCCUCCUACAGCCCCUCACCUGUGAAGAAGAAGAAGAAGAAAAGCUCCAAGAAGCGAAAAAGAAAUAGGUUAUCCUCAAAGAAGAGAAGACACAGCUCUCGCGGACGCACCCGGAAAUCUCAUCGCCAUCGCCACCGCCACUGCCACUCUCGCUCAGAGAGCUCCAACUCCCGCUCCCCCGGCUGCCGAAGCAGGCACAGAGCCAGGUCUCGGGAGGAAGGGCAUAAAACACGGCGAAGACACUCCCGGCACCACUCAAAGAUCACCGCAAAGCGAAGCUCCUCUGCAGAGGUUCAGGCCAGCCAAAAAGCCAGCCAAACCCUCCCACUCUACAGCUUCCUGUCUCCUAAGGAAGUAAUCUCUCAGUCAGGGUCUUCUGCUGACCUCUUUACCAAAACAGACAGCCCGCCUGGCAACCUAGCCAGCCAGAAUGGAGAGUAUCAUGAAUAUGACUCAGGAAACGAUACUUCCUCCCCUCCCUCCACUCAAACGAGCUCAUCCAGGUCAAAGGACAGCCAGGAGAAAAGAAGUCUAGUCCAUGAUGGCUUUGGCCAUGCCUUCUCGUCCGGGAAGCCCAAACUGGCCAACAGCGAUAACAGCUCUGAUUCAGGAAAUUCCUUCACCAGUUGCUUUUCCCAGACCAAGGGAACAGCUUUGGAAAAUCUGUCUCCAGAUGCCCAGGGACAAGACCGAAGGGGGUGCCUGUCCUUGUGCCUCAGCUGUUCGGAGGAGAAGAAACGAAACUUCCUCCCGUCCCCAACCCACAGCUCCCCGCUGAGGCCGUGUUCCCGCAGCGAGUCGUACACCAGCACGGGCAGAUCCUCCCCCAGCUCCAGCCGCUCCCGCUCCUCACACCACAAGGCCUCUCCCAGGUACUCCCGAAGCAGGUCCUGCUCUUCGGGAAAGAGGUCUUCUUCACGUUCCCCCAGCUAUUCCUCCAAAUCCUGCAAAAAAAGUCCUGGGAGCAGGAGUUCAAGACCUCGUCGGAGCCCUAGUUACUCCCGUUACAGCCCUAACAGAGACCGCGAGCGAGAGCACAAAUAUGGCUCCAGUGAGAAGGAAUCACACAGGGAGCGUGACCGGCGGCGGCGGCGGCGAUCCUAUUCACCCCUGAGGAAACGCAGGAGAGACUCUCCCAGCCACCUCGAAGCUCGGCGCAUCACAAGUGCCCGCAAACGCCCCAUCCCCUACUACCGUCCCAGUCCCUCCUCCUCCAGCAGCGCCAGCAGCUCUUCCUCCUGGUACAGCAGCUUUAGCCGCUCCCCGAGCAGGAGCCGGAGCUACUCCAGCUACCGGACAAGCCGGAGCCGAAGCUGGAGCAGCAGCAGCACCGAGGGCAGGAGCCGCAGCCGGAGUUCGGGCCCCAGGAGCAGCCGCAGCAGGAGCAGGAGCUAUGACUCAGGAGGCAGCUCUGACAGCCUGCGUCGCUAG